CCGACGUGAAACCUGCAUGCCGAUAGCCGACUUGGAGCGCGACUCGGUGUCCUCCGAAGACCUGUCGCCGGAGGAUCUGCGGCGCCUUGUGUUCCCUAAGGACUGGACACUGUACGACCGUUUUGCAUGUGCGGUGUCUCAGCAAGCUUUCCGCGGCUGGGUGAAACAACCAUCGCCAUCGUGCGCCGCCGCAGCCCUAGCUGGCGCAUUAAACACAGUGUAUGGCUAUGCUCGCACAUUGCCUGAAGCGUAUACGACCAUGGACAUAUUAUCUGUGUAUCGAACGCAAUUCGAAGACAUUUUGGCUCGUCACCGGAGCGAGAUUUCCACGGCACUCGGCGAGGCAUGUUUAGCCUCGUUGGAGGUAGCCAUGCAGUCUGGAUUGCAAGCACAGGGACUUCAAUAUGGAGGCGUUGGCGAUCACAAAGUCACCAAGGCCGUUCUGCGGCGGUGUCUUCGGGAUUGUCUACCACUCCUAACUUCGUCCGAUGAGGUUGAACUUGAAGCGAAUAUGCAGGAGACCAACGAUGAAUCAUCGAUCACGCCUCUCAACGUCGAAGUCGUGGUGAUCGAUGAUUACGAAGUAGACGACGACGACAGCGCUGUAAGCUCCAUGCUGCCAUCCACCAUCAGUAGUUCUCUGUUUGCGUCAAUGUUGUUGUACUUUCACCGCAAGGACGGAGCUGCAAAACUCUGUCGAGACGACAGACCCAGCACGGCCGUUUGUGGCAAUGUCGCGUUGCUGAAUGCCGCCUUGUACGUUCACAGCACCAGCGUCGAUACGAGUGGUAGCCGUCGCAUCCCACGGCUUGGGGCGACCUGUUUGAUGGGAAAAGCCACGACCAAGUGCAAACUGCACAUUGCCCUUUCCUCCACGGACUCGGCAGACAAGCAAACCCGCGACUGGAAACUCCUAUGGAGUGCGUUUACGGACGAUCACACUGGUAGUAUGAUACUAUAUCGCUGAUGAAGGGAGGUAGAUGGUGAUAACAGUGAUAGCCUUGGUGGUCCAUCUCAAGAACCACUACGCGUUGCUGUUUGCGUUGCGCGAGUGGAAAGAUUCGUCGACACAGGAAUGGACGAGGCAACUCCUUACAGCGCGUCGGUGCCAACGACCCACUGCAUGGAUAGAUUGGAGUGAGCUGCGGCAGAUUUUUCUGGCAUGGGUAGGGUACAAGGUCUUAUCAUUUGUGGUUACACCGUGAAGUACUGCAUAAUUCUACUCAAUUGGCUCAUUUACCCAUAUCCAAGGAUGCUUCCAAACAUUGCGGAGGCAUCUGCUUUCCCUGUAAGGGGUUAUAUUAGCUUUAAAAAUUAAC